CAGAACACACUGACAGUGCUGCUUGUCAUUUGGACUUUCCUGGAGUAAUGAGGAGUAUGAUUAAUAAUUAGACAGUGACCUCUGCUCCUUUGUAAGCUGUUACAAACCUGGAAUCCUACAAGACUGCUGGAGAUUGCUGUUACCUGAAGAGUUAGGAUCUGAUCUCUAUAGCAGCAGUUAAAACGCUCAGAGAAUGGACGAAGCGAACGUCAGAAGCCGAAAGGCGAUUCAGGAUAAUGCAGGGGACCAGCAAUCUGUCCAAAGCAAGGAACCCAAGACCAUGAACCUGCAGAAACGGGUUGGUCUGGUAAGUGGGGUCAGUCUUAUAGUUGGUACCAUUAUUGGAUCUGGAAUCUUUAUUUCCCCCAAAUCAGUGCUUCGAAACACCGGGGCCGUGGGACCAUGUCUCGUCAUUUGGGCAGUUUGUGGCGUGAUCUCAACAAUGGGUGCUCUGUGUUUUGCUGAACUUGGAACAAUGAUCACAAAGUCCGGGGGAGAGUAUCCAUACCUCAUGGAAGCCUUUGGCCCCAUCCCUGCGUUCCUGUUUUCCUGGGCCAGUGUCAUUGUGAUGAAACCGUCAUCGUUUGCCAUCACCUGCCUCAGCUUUGCAGAGUAUGCGUCUGCCCCAUUUUACCCAGGAUGCACCCCUCCAGUGGUAGUCAUUAAAUGCCUGGCGGCUGCUGCUAUCUUGACCAUCACAACCAUCAAUGCACUUAGUGUGAGGCUGGCAAGUUAUGUCCAGAAUUUUUUUACGGCCGCCAAGAUGAUUAUCAUCAUAAUUAUUAUUGUGAGCGGUAUUGUACUGCUAGCACAAGGAAAUACAGAAAACUUUGUGAACAGUUUUGAGGGGACCCAGAUCACGGCCGGGGGGGUUGGUCUGGCUUUCUACAAUGGCCUUUGGGCAUACGAUGGAUGGAACCAGCUCAAUUAUAUUACAGAGGAAAUUAAAAAUCCAUACAGAAAUCUUCCUCUCUCCAUUCUAAUUGGGAUCCCAGUUAUCAUCGUGUGUUACCUGCUGAUAAACAUAUCCUAUUUCACGGUUAUGACUGCAACGGAACUCCUCCAGUCGCCAGCAGUGGCCGUGACCUUUGGGGAUCGAGUUCUACAUCCUGCAGCCUGGAUAGUCCCACUCUUUGUUGCAUUUUCAACCAUUGGAUCUGCAAACGGUUCCUGUUUUACCGCUGGCAGGUUAACUUAUGUUGCUGGACGUGAAGGCCACAUGUUGAAAUUUCUCUCUUACAUCAGUGUCAAACGUUUGACCCCAUCUCCUGCAAUUACUUUCUAUGGUAUAGUAGGAAUGAUAUACAUCAUCCCAGCGGACAUCAACACCCUCAUUAACUACUUCAGUUUUGCGGUUUGGAUUUUCUACGGUUUAACAAUAGCUGGACUUGUGGUUAUGAGGUUUACAAAGAAGGAUAUGAAGCGACCUAUUAAGAUUCCAAUUGUAAUCCCUAUCGCUAUGGUUCUCAUUUCCAUUUACCUGGUGUUGGCUCCAAUUAUUGACCAACCGGAAUGGGCCUACCUUUACUGUGUGCUGUUUAUUUUAAGCGGCCUGGUCGUAUAUUUCCCCUUUGUGCAUUACAAAGUAAAAUGGGCACAGAAAAUAACAAAGCCAAUAACCAUGUUUGUCCAGAUGUUGAUGGAAGUCGUUCCACCAGAAAUACAAGCAGAAUGAAGAUGCUAUACAUCGAAAUUAAGGACUAUUUUUACAAAUGGACAAACCCUAUACGCAAGUGUAGACUGUAAAUAUUAAAUGGUUUACCAAUUUCAUUAUUGCAAAGUGGCAGAAAGCGGAAGACAACACACCUGAUAUCUGUGUACAUUUCAAACCUGGAUCUAUGGAGCCAGGACGGUGUCACAUGGUAAGGACACGUCUCCCCAUCCACUCCAGUCUAUCCUAGAACACGCCGUAAUGUGCAAGACUGACAGCCUGGCUCUUACUUCCAGUAAAAUGGACUGGAACAGGUAUGUUUUAUAAACCAUGUUUACUUGCCUUAAAACUGGAAUUAUUACCUCAUUCAAU